AUAAACUCUCAAGUAGUCACGAAAACAGUGUUUUAGAAUCAAUACUCUUUACAAGUGACCUCAAAAUAUUGAACUGUAAAUUUUGUCUCCCUGUAAGUCCAUUACCACAGGGUGCUGGCUGUGCAGCAUAGAUGCAGAUUACAGAGAUAAGUCCUUAAUGCCCUCAGACACCUUCCCAUGCCUAAACACCCUCCUCCCCCCACCUCCUCCACUUCGUCCCCUCCAUCAGAGACUCCUCUCAGCUCAUUCACUCUUUCUCCGGACUCUUCAAGACAUAGUGAUCCAUCAGUCCCCCGCCAUGAAGUCUGCUCUCGGCCUGCUGCUGUUCGUCUCCAUGGCCUGCUACAGCCACGCUCUUAAAUGUCACACAUGUGUGGCGUCCAACGAAGACGACUGCAAUCGACAGGGCUCCGCCUCCUGCCCUCAGUACGCCGAUGCCUGCUCCACCAUCACAGGACCCAACACCGUGGUGAAGUCGUGCACGUACAAAGGUUUCUGCGACAAGGCUCAGGGCAGCAGCUCUGGAGCCAAGAUGGAGUGCUGUUUUGGUGACGAUUGUAACGGGCCCCACAGGAGCCGCAGCCACGGGGCCCAUCACCACAACAGUGCAGGGGCUCUGGCCUCCAGCCCAGUCCUGCUGAUCACAGCCCUGCUGCUGCGCAUGGCCUUCAGUCAGCUGUGAACGCCUCCACUUUUCUUUUUCUUCCAGUGAUUCAUUAUCUCAUCCUUGUCAUUUGCUGUGUUGUCUUUCCGCCCAUCCAAUCUCUCCUCUUUGUCACUGUGUCCCUCACAGAUUUUUAAUGCCAGUUUACAAUAAAAAGGAUAUAAGACAGAAAAGUG